GCUUAUUCUCCACAAAACUUCGAAUUGUGAAAUCAACGCCAGUCAGAAAUUCCGGUGCCCUACCCGACCCGAAAAUGGCGUCACUCGACUCCGACGUGAACAUGGUCCCCGCCGGCGAAGGAUCCUCCGGCGCAGGGCCCUCCAGCGCCAAUCCGUCGUCCUCCACCAAGAAAGCGAAGCGAUUCGAGAUCAAGAAGUGGAACGCCGUCGCUCUGUGGGCUUGGGACAUCGUGGUCGAUAACUGUGCUAUUUGCAGGAACCAUAUCAUGGAUCUGUGCAUUGAGUGUCAGGCUAAUCAGGCUAGUGCCACAAGUGAGGAAUGCACGGUUGCUUGGGGUGUCUGCAAUCACGCCUUCCAUUUCCACUGCAUUAGCAGAUGGCUCAAGACACGUCAAGUCUGUCCUCUAGAUAACAGCGAGUGGGAGUUCCAAAAGUACGGGCACUAGAAGUUUCCACUUGGCCUGAACUGAAGUAUUUUCACUUUUGUUAAUGAAGAUCGUUAUCUAGUGGUGAAUUUCGGCUAAUAUGUGCUUGGGGUAAUCAUCGUAGAUGAGAUUGGGACCGUACUUCAGUUCUCCAUUACAGCUCAUGUUGAUUUUCUUUUAUUUUGCAGCAGAAUUUUAAAUCAUAUUUUUCGUCAAGGAUGUUGAUUGUAUAAUCGAGUGGUUGAAUCCUUGUGCACGUGAUUCAGAUAAUCUAUAUUUCCUAGUUGAAUUGAAUCUUUUUCAUGGGAUAUUCACUGUUGGCUUGAUAACUUGUGCCGAGUGUUCGAGAGUGUCGGAUAGUUUAUCUUGUUCGGGAAAAUUUCUUAACAAAAAUGGAUCUUGGCUUGUAAAAUCUUAAACUGAUGAUCAAACAACUGAGUUCAAAUUCUUUCAACUGAAGGUUUUGAUGGGGGGAAAAGGGAAAUUUGUGUAUUCAAAUG